UCCCACCACCGUCUCCCGCCCUGUCUCCGCCGUGAAACAACGAACCCAACAAAGAUGGAACCUUUAACAUCAAGAAGGCCUUAUUUUGCUGAAGAAAAUAAUGGGCUUGCUUCUAUUUCAGAUUUACAAAAUGGGUUUUCAUCACAAUCAUCAUUUGUUGAAGAUAAUAAUCGUUUGAUAUCUAGACCUUUAUAUUCUCCGAGAAAAGCAAGUCUUAGGAAUCUGUGUUCUUUUUCAUCAUCAUCUUCUUCUGUUUCUUCACCAAGAUCUGGGAGGUUUUUUAAUGGAAGAUUUGAAGAACAAUUACCUCAUUUCUUAGAUGCUUGUUUUUUGUGCAAAAAACCACUUGGUCAUAACAGAGAUAUCUUUAUGUACAGAGGUGACACACCUUUUUGCAGUGAAGAGUGUAGAGCAGAGCAGAUUGACAUUGAUGAAGCCAAAGAAAAAAACAAGAAUCUUUCUGCUUCAAUGAAAGCUUUGAGGAAAAAAGAAAAGACUGAAACUUCCCCAAACAAAACUUCCAAAAAAUACCCUUUUCAUUCUGGUGCAGUUGCUGCUGCUUAACCAGUAGAAAAUUUUGCCUAACCAGUGGUAAAAAAAGGAAAAUUUUUGUCCAUUAUAGUAAAAAAGUAUGUAAGGUGAAAAAAAAAACCAAGAACUUUUUUUUUUUUCCUAUAUUUGUUUUUUACCUUAUUUUGUUUACCUUUCUAUGGGUUUUUUACUGUGGUAAAAUAUGCUAUAUAACAUAAUCAAAAGGUAACAAAGGUUAUAUGUCGGAGAAGUAACCAUCAUUGACCAUGAAGAAGAAUUAUAUGGUGUAUGAAGUAGGGAAUGAAGUAUAGUACAAUUACUUAAUGCAUAAAGUUAUUGUACUUGCUUUUAUCUUUGACUCUUUGUAAUGCAUCUGAGUAUAUAUGCAAAUAGUACAAGUUCUUUAUGCAACCAA